CGGCGGCGGCGGGUGACGCUGCGCGUGUCGGCCGUAGCGGCUGUUGGGCGGCGGGAGGCUCCGGCGCGGCCCGGCCCGGCGGUCACCGCCUGUCGGCGUCCCUCGGCGGCGGGGCAUGGCGGAAACGGAGGCGGCUGGCGCCCCGGCCCUGGGCGAGGAGGGCGCGGAGCUGGCGGUGGUUAUCGGCGCCACCGUGCCCACCGGCUUCGAGCUGACGGCGGCCGAAGAGGUGCAGGAGAAGCUGGGCUCGGCCGCCAGGAUCAGCAGGGACCGCGGGAAGAUCUACUUCGAGGUCCCGGCCCGGGGCCUGCCGCAGGUCCAUCGUCUAAGGUCAGUGGAUAAUUUAUUUGUUGUUGUUCAGGAGUUCAAAGACUAUCAGUUUAAAGAAAAUAAGGAAGAUGCUCUAAAGGAUCUGGAAGAUUUGGUUAAAAAACUGCCUUGGACCGAUCCCUUGAAAGUUUGGGAGCUGAACAACAGCUUAAAAAAGAAAAAGACCAAACGCAAAAAACAUAAUCUGCAGAGUACUGCAAGCAAAGAGAAGUUGAAUGACAGUGGAGAAGAGGAAGGAACAGAUCAAAAACACGAUAGUAAACAGGAGGACUGUGCCCAAAACAGUGCAGGUAGAGAACCUGCCAACAGCCAAGAUACAGAAGAGACAGAAGGAGUGGCAUCCCAGAAUGGGGAGGAGGAGGAGGAUAAUGAACAAUCAGAUGCUAAAGAUGAACUGCAGGAGGGUUCUGGGAGCGAGACGAAGGCCAGUGACAGUAAGACAAGCGAAGGAAAGGCGAAGGUGUUGAAGUUCCGCGUGACAUGCAAUAGAGCGGGAGACAAGCACUGUUUCACGUCAAACGAGGCUGCAAGAGACUUCGGUGGAGCUGUGCAGGAGCACUUCCAGUGGAAAGCUGACAUGACUAACUUUGAUGUUGAGGUUCUUCUGAACAUUCACAAUAAUGAAGUAGUUGUGGGUAUCGCAUUAACCGAAGAGAGUCUUCACAGAAGAAAUAUUACGCAUUUUGGACCCACAACUCUUCGUUCAACUCUCGCUUAUGGCAUGCUUAGACUCUGUGAUCCACAGCCCACGGAUAUCAUAGUUGAUCCCAUGUGUGGUACAUGUGCAAUACCAAUAGAGGGAGCUACAGAAUGGCCUAGCUGCUACCAUAUCGCUGGUGAUAACAACCCACAAGCUGUAAAGAGAGCAGCAAACAACAUCUGUUCUUUGCUAAAGAAAAAUGAGGAUAAGGAAAGCAGUACUUCCGUGGGCAUACCAUUAGACAUCAUUCAGUGGGAUAUUUGCAAUCUGCCUUUGCGGACUGGUUCUGUGGACAUUAUUGUGACAGACAUGCCGUUUGGAAAGAGGGUGGGGUCAAAGAAGAAGAACUGGGAUCUCUAUCCAGCCUGCCUUACGGAGAUGGGACGGAUCUGCACACCGGGGACAGGCAGGGCUGUGCUGCUUACGCAGGACAAGAAAUGCUUUGCCAAGGCCUUGUCACGAAUGGGACACAUCUGGCGCAAAGCUCAGACUGUGUGGGUGAACGUAGGGGGACUUCACGCAGCAGUGUAUCUUCUGAAACGCACCUGGGAAAGAGCAGAAGAAAAAAGAUCGUUCUGGUAACCUGUGUGGAAGAAAGGAGACUCCUCAAGAAUUUCUUGAAUAGCAGUCUGGUAAAGUGGACACCUGAGAGCAUAGGUCUGUCAAUUCCUAAAGAGAAAAAAAAACCAAACCAACAACACACAAACAACCUGUGUAGAAAUUGUGAAAUGUUAAUAUUGAACCAGGGAUCAGCUUCAGAGCUAUCAGUUGUACUAUGUGUUCUGAAACAUUAUUUAAAUCACUCCUUUCCUCCCUGCCACCCAAACUGAAAUUCAGUAGUGGAAUUAGUAAUGCUUUUCUUUGCCUGAGUCUUGUCUACCAUGUCCAUUGUAUUUUUUCAGUUAAAUGUUUAUUUCCUCUGCUUAUAGUAGAAAACAUGUAUUGGCAGCUUUGGAGGUAACAGUUAAUUUAUUUCCCAUAACGUAGGAUUUUUCCAAACUGAAGAUUUCUAACUUACACCACUGCAUAAAUGUAAACUGUGAUAAUAAACCUGUAUCUGUUUUUCAUGGUCUGAUAAGCAAAUGCCAAUUAGUAAACGGUAUGCUGAUGCUACUGUUUUUCUUACCUGUUACCUCAGCUUAGUGCUAAUUCCUAGUAAAUAUCUACUCUAUUUUAAUGUACCACUGCCAUGGGUGAGGGGGGUAGCACACACAGCCUUAGCAAACUGUCUGUAGUUACUGUUUGAGAACAGAGAUACUUUUGGCAAUUAUAUUUAAAAGUUCAUGUUUUCAGUGUCUACUAUAGACGCAUCAAGGUGGCAAUACGCUUAAAUUCAUUAGGCGAUUUAACUGCCAUUGUUAUGCCACAAUAUUUACAAAAAUGUAUUACCUCUUGAAUAACUUGAAGUUGCAAAUAUUUUUUCUUCUGUAAAUGUACUGUGAUUUCUGAAGCCUCUUGCUCUUUGCUCAUCAGAGGCUGAAAACACUAGUUACCAGUUUGCCAUCUUCAUUAAAGUGUUAUUCAUGAUAA